AUGUCCACGGUCAAGGGAGACAAUCUCCCCUUCCGACUUGCAGAUCCUACACUAUGGCAUCAGGACUCUUACGUCCACGGGCAAUGGGUAUCCGCAGCGUCCUCAAAGCGAUUUGAUGUUCUUGAUCCAGGCAGCGGAAAAGUCUGGGCCACAUGCCCAGACAAUGGACCUCAAGAUGUCGACGCAGCCAUCACGUCUUCCCACAGAGCCUUUCAAGAAUACAGCGUCCUUAACCCCCGCAAGAGAGCCCAGCUGCUUCUCGCCUGGCAUGGACUCAUCAGCAAUGCCCGUGACGACCUGGCCAAGCUCUUGACGUAUGAAACCGGAAAGCCCCUUUCUGAGGCGCACGCAGAGAUCGAGUACUCUCUGGGCUUUACGUGGUGGUUUGCUGGAGAAGCAGAACGCAUCCAGGGCUCCAUCAGCAUCCCUUCUGCCCCCAAUAGGAGGGUCCUGGUGAUCAAGCAGCCCAUCGGCGUCUCCAUUGCUCUGGUGCCUUGGAAUUUCCCUGUGGCCAUGAUUCUCCGAAAGGCAGGCGCUGCUCUUGCAGCUGGCUGCACCAUGGUCGUGAAGCCGUCUCCCGAGACCCCCUUAACCUGCCUAGCCCUGGCCGACCUCGCCACGAGAGCAGGGUUCCCCGACGGCGUCUUCAAUAUCCUGACAACCUCUCUCGAGAACACGCCCAGCCUCUCGGAGGCCAUGUGCGUGCAUCCGCUGGUCAAAAAGGUGACCUUCACCGGGAGCACGCGAGUGGGCAAGAUCGUGGCCGGCUUGUGCGCGCGAAACUUGAAGAAAUGCACGCUCGAGCUCGGAGGCAACUGUCCCUUCAUUGUGUUUGACGAUGCCGACCUCGAGCAAGCCCUCGAUCAGCUCAUGACGUUGAAAUGGAGGAACGCUGGCCAAGCUUGCAUAUCUGCGAAUCGUGUCUACGUCCAGGCGGGCGUCUAUGACAAGUUUGCAGCCAUGUUUGUCGAGAAGACGAGCAAGCUUAAUAUCGGCCACGGUGCAGCCCCUAACACGACAUUCGGCGCAGUAACAACACCCGUCGGGCUGGAAAAGGCGGAGGCGCAGGUUCAAGACGCAGUUUCACGCGGCGCAAAGCUGGCUCUUGGAUCUGGAAAGCCAUUCGCUCCUGCUGGACAAGGAAGCGGCGGCUACUUCAUGGAGCCAGUUGUGCUGACCAACAUGGACUCCUCCAUGAAGAUGAGCUGCGAGGAGACAUUCGGCCCUGUCUGCGGACUCUUCAAGUUUGAUACGGAGGACGAAGCGAUCAAGCUGGCCAACGACAGUAGCAUGGGACUAGCAAGUUAUGCCUUUACCAAGAACGCCGAUCGUCUGUGGAGGAUGUUUGAGAAGCUCGAAGCAGGCAUGAUCGGGCUGAACACUGGGAAUGGUUCUGCGGCCGAGAGCCCGUUUGGUGGAAUCAAGGAGAGUGGCUAUGGCAAGGAGAGCGGCAAGGAUGUGGCUGUUGCUGAGUAUCUGAUUCAAAAGACUGGGACUUGGACUAUCAACUCGAAUAUUAUAUGA